AUGCCCACCAAUGAUGCCAGUGUAAGCAGUAAUACGACUACAUAUGAUGAUAUUAGUACAGAUGAUAAAAAGAAAAUUAUUGAAGAUGGAAGUUCGCCAAAGAGGUCCUCAGAAAGUCGUCAUAUCUUUAGAUAUGAGGGUGCUAUAAGCAUUGCUAUAAUGGAUGACACCGAAAUCGAGGACGUCUCAUUUCUCCCUGAAGGAGGGAAAUCUGACAAGAGGUCGGUGUAUGAGCCCAAUCCUAUACAGCGAUGUCGCCAGAUUGUAUGCAGUCAAGGGAGAGCUACUGUCAUCGCUCUUGUGGUGGGACUAUGUAUCGUAAGCAUAGCAUUAAUAGCCUCCCUUGCCCGCCCAGGUGACCAAAGCUGCCAGAAAACUGACUCUGAUAAAACACCAACAAAAGCUCCCAAGAAGGAUGACUUCAUUUCAACAAAUGGUGAACCAUUUCCGUGGCGGGAUAUCCGCCUCCCCUCAAGCAUCAUUCCAUUGUCUUAUGACAUCCUAAUGCACCCCAACCUCACUACAUUCAAAUACACUGGGAGUAUAGAUAUAGUUUUACAAGCCACAGAGAGCACAAACUUUGUUAUUGUACAUAUAAAGGAUCUAAAAAUCAACGCACAAUCUCUGAAGCCAAGAUCUGAAAAUAAAAGAGUUGCUAUAAAGCAAGUCCUGGAAUACAAGGCCUAUGAGAUGCUCUACUUUGGGCUUGAUGCACAACUAGGCAAAGGACAGGAGUAUGUAUUGUCAUUAGAUUUUGAAGGGACAUUAAUGGAUAAGCUAGCAGGUUUCUACAGAAGUACUUAUAAAGAUGCAAGUGGCACAACUAGGUACAUUGCUACCACCCACUUUGAGCCCACUGAUGCCCGUGCAGCAUUCCCUUGCCUUGAUGAACCUAACCUCAAGGCCACUUUCACCAUGAAGAUGGUACGAGAGCCAACACACAAAUCUCUGUUUAACAUGCCUUUAAGAACCACCGAAAAUUACGCUGAGAAAUACAAAGUUGAUAAGUUUGAGACAUCUGUGAAGAUGAGCACAUAUUUGGUUGCAUUUAUCGUCACAACUGAUUAUGAAUCUUUAACAAAGAAAACUGACAGGAAUAUUACUGUUUCUGUUCAUGCCCCCAAGGACCAGAUAGAUCUCGUAAAAUAUGCUCUGGAUGUUGCCGUAAAUGUACUCAACUACUAUGAGGAAUUCUUUGGUGUAAAAUACCCAUUACCAAAGCAAGAUCUGAUAGCUAUCCCAGACUUUGGAGCUGGUGCCAUGGAGAACUGGGGCCUCAUAACAUACAGGAUGACAGCUAUCAUGUAUGACCCUAAGCUAUCACCUGAAAGCAGUAAGGAAUGGGUGGCCAUUGUAGUGGCUCAUGAACUGGCUCAUCAAUGGUUUGGUAACCUAGUAACCAUGAAGUGGUGGAAUGAUUUGUGGUUGAAUGAGGGGUUCGCCAGCUAUGUAGAGAACAUUGGGGCGGGACACUUUGAUCCAUCUUUCAAACUGGAUGAGCAAUUUAUCGUGAAUGUCCUCCAAAAAGCUAUGGGCCUGGACAGUCUCAGUAAUUCGCACCCAAUUGCUGUUCCUGUUGACAACCCAAAUGAAAUCAAUGAAAUAUUUGAUGCAAUUUCCUAUGACAAGGGGUCUUCAAUUUUACGAAUGCUGAAUGAUGUACUGGGAGAAGGGGUCCUUCAGAAGGGUCUCAAGUUGUAUCUUAACAAAUUCCAGUUUGGUAAUGCAGAAACUAAAGAUCUGUGGGACUCCCUAUCCGAGGCCAGUAGUACUAUAAAAGAUGUUGCUCGUAUGAUGGACACAUGGACUCUCCAAAUGAAUUAUCCAGUUGUCACUUUGAUGCGAGACGGAUCAAAAGUCGUAGCUACUCAAAAGAGAUUCUUACUGAACCCAAAUGCUACUCAGGAAUCUGAAUUUAAGUCUCCAUAUGACUACAAAUGGAUUAUUCCAUUUACAUAUUUCACAGACAAGAAAAACUCAAGAAGUGAAACUAUCUGGAUGGACAAGGAAUCUGCAACAUUUUACUUAGACAAUGAUGUCAAAUGGUUCAAGGGUAACUACAAGUGUGUGGGCUACUACAGGGUGAACUAUGAUGAACAGUCGUGGCAGACUCUAAUAAAUCAGUUUAAGGAAGAUCACAAGGUUAUAGAUGAAGGAGACAGGGCAGGAAUAAUUGGAGAUAUCUUUUCACUCUCCAGGGCUGGAAUUGUCAAUACCCAAUUAUCAAUGAAUCUGAGCCAAUAUUUAGUGAAUGAGCGUGAUUACCUUCCAUGGAAUGCUGCCUUAGGGCACCUUUAUUCAAUACAGAAUAAGCUCUAUAGCAGGCCGGCUGUCUAUGAGAGUUUUAAGAAAUAUGUGCUAAGGAUCAUUGGUCCCACAAUAGAGCAGGUUGGCUGGAAUGAUACACAGGGUGACCACCUAGAGAAGUAUUUGCGGAAUUCCAUACUUUCUAUGGCAGUGAGCUGUGGCCACAAAGCAUCAAUUGACAAAGCUACAGAAUUAUUUAAUAAUUGGAAAAAUAAUGAUGUCCCGAUCCCUGUUAACCUGAAGUCAACUGUAUUCAAGGCAGCUCUGCAGUACUGUGACGAGGACACCUGGGAUUGGAUGUUCCAGAAAUACCUAAAGGAGACUGUACCCUCAGAGAGGAGAAUCUAUCUGAUGUCCCUGUCUUAUACAGAGAAUGGAUACCUUCUAAACAGGCUUCUACAGUAUUCCCUGGACAAGAGUAAGAUUAGAUCCCAGGACCAAGUUAGUGUUAUAGCCCAUGUGGCUCUCAACCCGGCAGGUACUGUGCUCAACUGGAGAUUUGUACAACAGAACUGGGAGGCCCUAGUCAGAGAGCACAUUGUAGGAAGCUUUGCCUUCACUGGUCUUGUAUUCUCUUCAACAAAGUACUUCUCUACACAAUUUGACUAUGAUCAGGUAAAGUCAUUUUUUGAUGAUAAAGUAGGAGAUAUGCGUGUGGUGAGACAAUCCCUUGAGGCCAUUCAUUUGAAUAUUAUUUGGAUGCAGAACCAUGAAGCAGAACUAAGAGACUGGUUCACCAAACAUGAGCUGGAAUAAGAUGAUGCUGAAACAAAGUUUCUGUGCCGGUGAUAUAAAAUAAAAGUAUAGUAAAUGGAUGAUGAUGAUAAAAGGAUGUUCCUGUGCAAUAUGUCAAUGCUGUAUAAAGAUAUGUUAUAUCUGUGACAUUACAGUGAUAAGAAACAGUGCAGAAACACUAGUUCAACAUGCAAUGUUUUGGUAUUCCUAGCAAUAUCAAUUGACUUAGAAAUACAUAUAGUUGAUAGUCCUUCUCCUUUUCUAAUUGACACAGACAGUUAGGAAACAGUGUUGGUGUGUGUGAAUUUGAUGCAAUGAUUUGAUUGAUAAUUCAGUUUAAGAGAUGAUCCAUAUGGAAUGGUUAGGAGCAUCUUGAAAUAAUCAAAUCAGAUAAAUCAACAAAUUAAUUAUGAAGACUAAUUACACAAAAUAAUUUGUUCUUUCUUGUUCAUUUGUCGUCCAUUAUCAUGAAACUUUUGUUUAAUCCACUCUCCAAGACAGUCGAGACUUUGAACUGAUGUGCAAUGUAAGAGUGGUCUAUCUGAUAUCGACCAGGUGGAUGAUAUUGACCAACCUUUCGUUUUCUAUUUGACUCCACUAAGGACAUCCGGGGAAUCUGUUGAAUAUUCACCACAGGAAGUGAGAGCACGUAUCAAAACUGAAGGGUGGUUGAUGUUACAACCUGGUUGAUAUUUGAAGUAGACUCUCAGUGUAUAUAAAACGGAGAUAACUAAUAUAAUACAACAGUAUAAAG